UCACUAUAUUGAAAUGAGGCAGAGCAACUUAAGGUGUUAAUAAUUUUAAAAUGAGGACCAGAUCCUCCGCCAACAAGCAAUUGCUGCCGCACAAAAAACAGUUACCCAGUAUUUUAUGCUGUUGGUGCACAACCAGUUUUUGAGAACUUUAGCUAAGUGCCAAAUGAAGGUCAUCCCGGUAUCCUGUCUUUCGCACCUUGCUGGCCCUGCUGUACUCAGUAAGAUUCUCAUUCAAGGCUAGUUGUUGGACAUUCACAAGCCAGCCUUUCGUGGUAAACUCCACAGUCUUCCAGAUUCAAAAGAAUAAACAGCUAUAUUUAUUCCACAAUGAAUCUGACCAAUAAGUAUCUGCCCUCCCCCCAUCUCAUUAUGACAUCAUGGUUGCCCGGACAACUGUUUUUUUGCACUUAGUGACACAAUAAUGUCUCCCUGCCACAAACACACAACUGGAAUUGCAGAGGCCACACGUUUUCUAGGGCAGAUGAGAACGGUGGUUGAGGCAAGGGAGAUCUGGCCCUCGCUAAGAGUGCCUCAGGAUGAUCAUUACCACAUGGGGAGCGUACAUCUUGUUCCGCAGGGCUUCUAGAACACCUUUCCCAGCUGACGAUGCUCCAGCUGAUAACAUAGUUGAGCCAGAAAUAGAGUACGUAUUGGAGCAUUGGCUGAAGAAGAUCGAAGAAGAUGCUGUCAAGAUCUUUAGGCAGAAGUCAGAAAACAGGUCGGACUGCCAGGUGGAAGGGAUCAGAACUUUUCCUUCAAUUGACCUAGAUUUGGCAGCAGCAAGAUCAAAACCAGAAACCUGGGAGACCUUUGAAGACAGGAGGCCACCAAGGGACUGUUCCAGCACAAUACUUUCAUCCAGUUCCAGCCUGGACCUGACAGAUGACAGGACAAGGAUCCAGUUUGUCCGAUGGAGUCACACCCGGGUGUAUCAUGUCACGAGCGAUAUGAGAAAGGAUGCCAUGCAAGAGAGGCUGGAUAAAGUGAGCAAUAGUGUCUCCAGGGUCAUGUUCCAAGCUGUGACUGACCUGGACAGCGGCCCAUCAGACACCAAUCUCCACUUCUCAAUGCCAGCGUUUUAAGACAUGGACAGAGUCCCUGCUUCCUUGUGGCUCUUGAGGAGAAGAAGGUGCCCUUCCUGCUCUGCCCUCUGGGUCUUCUUCUUUGGCUGUGAAAGCCCUGCCUUCUUGAAAUGGCCAGAGAAACAGCCUGAAUCCUGUGGAAGGAUUUACUUAUUUUUUUUUUGCUUGGGCUAUUAUAAAUGCCUGGCUUUGUGAACUGUGAAUGACUAAUAAAAAAUUGCUAACCAUUUAAACUGC